CUAGUGAAGAUGAAGAUUUGCCUGAUCUUGCUACUGAAGCAGAUCGAGGUCUGCAGUUUAUUCAAAGCCGCAGAAAGGAAAGAGAUCCAUUUGGGUUGUAUGAUCAUGUCAUCAUGGACAGUGGUUGCACCACCAUUUGUAAUGUUUAUCAUGAUGAAGAUGGAAUUGCCAAUGUACUUGCUAUGCGCGAGAUGAUUGCUGCGGGAUACCGCAUUACUUUGGAUACUGAUGCUGACAAUGCUUUUAUUGAGCAUUGUGAUGGAAACAGAAAGAUGCGAUUUGUGAAUCGUAAGGGUAUACCUGGCGCCUCUACAUUGAAAGGCAAGUCAACAAGACCAACUCCGAAGAAGAGGUACAACGACUUCUUCAGUCCACCAGAGGAAUUAUAUCAGCACAAUCAAUCUAUUACCGUCUGUAUUGAUCACAUGGAGAUCGAGAAUGCUAAGUUUCUCACCUGCAUUGAUACCACUGUGCGCUAUCGCUCAUGUAAUCCCAUGCAGAACCUGAAGACUGACCCUGAAUUUGAAGCAUUGGAUAAGAUAUUCCGCCGCUACAACAAGGCAGGCUUUCAAGUCAAGAUCAUCAAGUGUGAUCGGGCGUUCAUUCCUCUCACGGAUGAUAUGCUAGACAAUAUGGGUGAUACUACAAGAGUGACAUGGUUGCUGAACUUGGACAAUAUGUUCAUGCAAUUGGAACGGAUUCCAACAAUUUGA